AUGUGGGGCGGGCGCUGCUCGCUGCUGCUGGCGGCGCUGGGCUGGCUGCUGCCCGCGGGCGCGGCGGCGAGCGGCGAGUACUGCCACGGCUGGCUGGACGCGCAGGGCGCCUGGCGCGACGGCUUCCAGUGCCCCGAGCGCUUCGACGGCGGCGACGCCACCAUCUGCUGCGGCACCUGCGCGCUGCGCUACUGCUGCUCCAGCGCCGAGGCGCGGCUCGACCAGGGCGCCUGCGACAACGACCGGCGCCUCGGCGGCGGCGCCGAGCAGGGCCGGCCCGGCAAGGAGGGCCCCGACGGCGCGGCAGUGCCCAUCUACGUGCCCUUCCUCAUCGUGGGCUCCGUCUUCGUGGCCUUCAUCAUCGUGGGCUCGCUGGUGGCCGCCUGCUGCUGCCGCUGCCUGCGGCCCAAGCAGGAGCCGCAGCAGAGCCGGGCGCCGGGCGGCAGCCGCCUCCUGGAGACCAUCCCCAUGAUCCCGAGCGCCAGCACGUCCCGCGGCUCCUCGUCGCGCCAGUCGAGCGCCGCCGCCAGCUCCAGCUCCAGCGCCAACUCGGGCGCCCGCGCGCCGCCCGCGCGCUCCCAGACCAGCUGCUGCCUGCCCGAGGGCGCCAUGAACAACGUCUACGUCAACAUGCCCACCAACUUCUCGGUGCUCAACUGCCAGCAGGCCACGCAGAUCGUGCCGCACCAGGGCCAGUACCUGCACGCGCCCUACGUGGGCUACGCGGUGCAGCACGACGCCGUGCCCCUGGCGCCCGUGGGCCCCUUCCUGGACGGCCUGCAGGGCGCCUACCGGCAGAUCCAGUCCCCCUUCCCGCAUGCUGGCGCCGAGCAGAAGAUGUACCCGGCGGUGACGGUGUGACCUCGGGGGUCUCCGGGCCUGGCCCGGCCCGGCCCUUCCCRUGGGUGUUUGUGCCCGGACUGAGCCGGGGAGAAGUCCUGCCUUGGAACGAGGCUCCCRGGACGUCGCUUGUAGAUAACUGAGGGGCUCGUGCAUGUCGGACUGUGUUUAUAAACCGUCGGGGCUGCCGCCAGGAGCCGUGGGACRGUAUCUCCGCGUUAGCGGCUCCAGAUACGCUCUCAUUCCGGCGCGUGAUUUACAGUGAUGAAGGAUUACGCUGGAUCCGCGCGCGCGCUUCGGGGCGCCGCGUGUGGGAGAGACGCCGGAGCCACGGAGCGCGCUCCAGGUGCGACGCGGUCGGGAGCUCUCGCUCACGAGCUCGUAGCCAGGGCCUCGCCACGGCCUGGGCAGUUCUCGCGAGCCCUCCCCUCCCUUCCCUUCCCUGCUCCCGCCGUUCCCUGGUGCCGCUUCCCGUUGCUUUUCCAGACAAUCACGGCCGAGUGGAGCAGUGGAGCUCCUGGGAUGGGCUUUGUGCUUCCUUGGCGCCCCGAGCUCGGGCUGGAGCCACACAAAGAGCAGCUUUCCUCAUCCCUUGUAUUUAUGUAGGAAGUAGCAGAGUACGAAUUACCCUGCUCUGCUUUUGGUGCACUUGAAACCCUUGAUUUGAGGUUUUUCCCCCCAAGACCRGAGCUAGUUAGUGGUUUGCACAAACUUUAUCUUUGUGAACUUUUUAGUACAAACAGGGUACGAGUCACUUGCUCGUUAUUGGCUCUCAGCAGCAGGUUUGUUUGGGAUUGUCUCCGCGUUUGAGCUGGAGCUAAGCGUGCAGAGAAGGGUCAUGAGCAGCUCCAGAACUGCCCAAUUUAACCCCGUUUCCCAGCAAGUAGCGGCCCCGCAUGCCUGUGCCCAACCAUUGAGGCCCAAACCUCACCACUGCCUCGUAAUUGAGCCCCACUGGAAGUGGGUUUUGUUCUUCCGUGGGUCCCAUCCAACUUCCYGACGCCCGGGACAGAGGCGAUGGCGAGAAAAGCCGCCCCACAUCCAGCUCGGGGGGCUCUGCAGGGACCCUGCAGCCUUUCCCCGGGGUUUUAUUCUUUAUCCCUUGGGGCAGAAAGACUGAACUGCCAAUGAAACCUGCACUGAGAAGAACAAAUCGGGUCCAACCAAAGAACUGACGUGUUUAACCUCCCCGUUGCGCGCGGCUGCUGCGCGAGUGCCCACGGCGCUUGUUCUGCCCCGUUUAUUUGGGGAAAGGAAGAGGCCAAAUAAUCGUUGUGCUCUUUGUAAAAUGCCACCCCAGACCUUUUUUCUAAGCAAACCUCACCAUCUCUUAAGCCCGUYUUUGUCUUUUCAAAAAUUUUUACUCUGUAUUUCAAUGAUUUGUUCUUCUGAUGCAAGACCACAGCAGGAGAAGGGCAGACUGAAACCAGGCGAUUACUGUAACCAGACCAGAGCUGAUAAAGGGUUUCUUAUUGUCCGAUACUGUAUCAGUAUGUAGCAAUAACUGU